UCAAAAGCCAUCCCCUUUAAGAACCCCAAGAGCCACUGUUGAUGGAUAAAGGAAUCUGAGGAUCUUAUGUUCCAUGAAAGGCCCCCACCUCAAUUUACUUGGUGCCCAGCAGUUGUGUCUAGGUUUCUCUUCUCUUCCUGAAAUGGGGCCAACAGAAUGUCUGCCUGCUUUCCUACACAAAGGGCAUAUGUGUAAUUAAUAGGAUUAUGCUUGGAAGGGGGAGACUAGGCUGUAAUCACCCAGCAAAGGACGGACACAUCACGCUCAGCAGGAGGUUCUGGGACCAGCAUUUCUGUCCAUUGCCGUCCUGCGCCGUGACUGCAGACGAGGACCAGGGAGAGUUCCCGGGGGUGCCAGCAUGGCCUUUGCAAGACAGAUCCAGCUCUUGCUCUGGAAGAACUAGACCCUGCGGAAGAGACAAAAGCUUCGUUUUGUGGUGGAACUCGUGUGGCCCCUAUCUUUAUUUCUGGUCUUGAUCUGGUUAAGGAAUGUCAAGCACUUCUACAGCCAACAUGAAUGCCAUUUUACCAACAAGGCGAUGCCCUCAGCAGGAAUGUUGCCAUGGCUCCAGGGCAUUUUCUGCAAUGUGAACAAUCCUUGUUUUCAAAGUCCCACCCCGGGAGAAUCUCCGGAAAUUGUGUCAAACUGUAACAACUCCAUCUUGGCAAGGGUGUAUCAAGAUUUUAAAAAACUUGCAGAUGCCCCAGAGAGCCAGCCCCUUGGCAGUAUAUGGGCAGAAGUUCGUACGUUGUCCCAACUCAUGGACACCCUCCAGGCUCACCCAGACAGGAUUGCAGGAAGAGGAAUACGAAUUCAGGAUAUCCUUAAAAAUGAAGAAACAAUGACAGUCUUUCUCACGAAAAACAUUGGACUCUCUGACUUGGUUGUCCACCUUCUGGUCAACUCCCAAGUCCGUCCAGAACAGUUUGCUCAUAGGGUCCCAGAUCUAUGGCUCAAGGACAUUGCCUGCAGUGAGGCCCUCCUAGAGCAUUUCCUGAUCUUCAGCCAGCGGCGUGGGGCUCAGAUGGUGCGUGAAGCCCUGUGCCCACUUUCCCAGAGCACCCUGCAGUGGAUAGAGGACACCCUGUACGCCAGUGUGGGCUUCUUCAAGUUCUUCCGUGUGUUUCCCACCCUGCUAGACAGAAAUUCUCAAGGUAUUGAUUUGAGAUCCUGGGGAAGAAUAUUAUCUGAUCUGUCACCAAGAAUUCAAGAAUUUAUCCAUCGGCCAAGUGUUCAGGACUUGCUAUGGGUGACCAGGCCUCUCUGGACUGACGGUCCAGAGACCCUCACACAGCUGGGGGGCAUCCUGUCCGACCUCUUCUGUGGCUAUCCAGAGGGUGGAGACUCUCGGGUAUUCUCCUUCAACUGGUAUGAAGACAAUAACUACAAGGCCUUCCUGGGGAUCAGCUCCACAAAGAAAGAUCCCAUCUAUUCUUAUGAUAAAAGAACAACGACCUUUGGUAACUCAGUGAUCCAGAACCUAGAGUCAAAUCCUCUAACCAAAAUAGCCUGGAGGGCAGCAAAGCCUUUGCUGAUGGGGAAAAUCCUCUUUACUCCAGAUUCCCCUGCGGCACACAGGAUACUCAAGCAUGCCAACUCAACAUUUGAAGAGGUGGCACACUUGAGAAAGCUGGUCAAAGCCUGGGAAGAAGUAGGACCCCAGAUCUGGUACUUCUUGGACAAGAGUGUACAGAUGGCCAUGAUCAGAGACACCCUGCAGAACCCAGCAGCAAAAGACUUUUUGAAUGGGCUCCUUGGUGAAGGUUUUCCUGUGGAUGCCAUGCUGCACUUCCUAUAUAAUGGUCCCCGAGAGAAGCAGGCUGAUGACUUGGCCAACUUUGACUGGAGGGAUGUAUUUAACAUCACUGAUGACUCUCUACGCCUGGUGAAUCAAUACCUGGAGUGUUUGGUCCUGGACAAGUUUGAAAGCUCUGAUGAUGAAAUUCAACUCACCCAAUGAGCCCUUUCUCUGCUGGAGGAAAACAGGUUCUGGGCUGGUGUGGUGUUUCCUGACAUGCAUCCCUGGACCAGCUCCCUACCACCCCAUGUAAAGUACAAGAUCCAGAUGGACAUAGACGUGGUGGAGAAAACCAAUAAGAUCAAAGACAGGUAUUGGGAUUCUGGUCCCAGGGCUGAUCCUGUGGAAGAUUUCCAAUACAUCUGGGGAGGGUUUGCCUAUCUGCAGGACAUGGUUGAACAGGGGAUUACCAGGAGUCAGGCCCAGGCUGAGGUCCCCAUUGGAAUCUAUCUCCAGCAGAUGCCUUACCCCUGCUUUGUGGAUGACUCUUUUAUGAUCAUCCUGAACCGCUGCUUCCCUAUCUUCAUGGUGCUGUCCUGGAUCUACUCUGUCUCCAUGACUGUUAAGAGCAUUGUCUUAGAGAAAGAGUUAAGACUGAAGGAAACCUUAAAAAAUCAGGGUGUCUCCAAUGCAGUGAUUUGGUGUACCUGGUUUCUGGACAGCUUCUCCAUUAUGUCAAUGAGCAUUUUCUUCCUGAUGAUAUUCAUCGUGCAUGGAAGAAUCCUCCACUACAGUAAUCCGCUCAUCCUCUUCCUGUUUCUGUUGGCUUUCUCUGCUGCAACAAUCAUGCAGUGCUUCCUGCUCAGCACCUUCUUCUCCAGGGCCAGCCUAGCAGCCGCCUGCAGUGGCAUCAUCUACCUGACACUCUAUCUGCCCCACGUUCUCUGCUUCGCCUGGCAGGACCAAAUGACGGCCAACCUGAAGAUGGCUGUGAGCCUGCUGUCUCCUGUGGCAUUUGGGUUUGACACUGAGUACCUGGUUCGCUUUGAGGAGCAAGGCCUGGGGCUGCAGUGGAACAAUAUUGGAAACAGUCCCAUGGAAGGGGAUGAAUUCAGUUUCCUGAUGUCUAUGAAGAUGAUACUCCUCGAUGUAGCUCUGUAUGGUCUUCUUGCCUGGUACCUGGAUCAAGUGUUUCAAGGGGACUAUGGAACCCCACUCCCUUGGUACUUCCUUCUGCAAGAGUCCUAUUGGCUGGGUGGUGAAGGGUGUUCAACCAGAGAAGAAAGGGCCCUGGAAAAGACCGAACCUGUGACAGAGGAGGAAGACCCAGAAUGCCCAGAGGAAAGAAAUGACUCCUUCUUUGAGCAUGAGCUUCCAGGCUCCAUUCCUGGGAUAUGUGUAAAGAAUCUGGUAAAAACUUUUGAGCCCUAUGGCAGACCAGCUGUGGACCACCUUAACAUUACCUUCUACGAGAACCAGAUUACUGCAUUCCUUGGUCACAACGGAUCAGGGAAAACUACCACCUUGUCCAUCCUGUCAGGCCUAUUGCCGCCAACAUCAGGGACUGUGCUCAUCGGGGGAAAGGACAUCGAAACCAGCUUGGAUGCCGUCCGGCAGAGUCUCGGCAUGUGUCCACAGCACAACAUCCUGUUCCACCACCUCACCGUGGCUCAACACAUCAUUUUCUACACGCAGCUGAAAGGCAAGUCCUGGCAGGAGGCGCAGCUAGAGGUGGAAGCCAUGUUGAAGGACACAGGCCUCCGCCAUGCAAGGAAUGAAGAGGCCCAGGAUCUAUCAGGUGGCAUGCAGAGGAAGCUGUCUGUUGCCAUUGCCUUGGUGGGAGAUGCCAAGGUGGUGGUUCUGGAUGAGCCUACCUCUGGUGUGGAUCCCUAUUCGAGACGCUCAAUCUGGGACCUGCUCCUGAAGUAUCGCCCAGGCAGGACUAUCAUCAUGUCCACCCACCACAUGGACGAGGCUGACCUCCUGGGGGACCGCAUUGCCAUCAUUUCCCAGGGCAGGCUCUGCUGCUCAGGCACCCUGCUCUUCCUGAAGAACUGCUUUGGCAGGGGCUUCUACUUAACCUUGGUGCGCAAGAUGAAAAACAUACAGAGCCAAAGAAGAGACUGCGAGGGAACCUGCAACUGUGCAUCUAAGGAGUUUUCCAUCCGGUGUCCAAUCUGCACAGAUGCUGUAACUGCAGAGCAAGUCUUGGAUGGGGAUGUGAAUGAGCUGAUGGAUAUAGUUCGCCAUCAUGUUCCAGAGGCAAAACUGGUGGAAUGCAUUGGUCAAGAACUUAUCUUCCUUCUUCCAAAUAAGAAUUUCAAGCAGAGAGCAUAUGCUAGCCUUUUCAGAGAGCUGGAAGAGACACUGACUGACCUCGGGCUCAGCAGUUUUGGAAUUUCUGACACUCCCUUGGAAGAAAUUUUUCUGAAGGUCACAGAGGAUUCUGAUUUGGGACCUCUAUUUGCUGGCCACACUGAGCAGAAAAAAGAAAACGUCAGCUUCCAACAUCAUGGUUUGGGUUCCUUGGAGAAGUCCAAACAGACAACCCAGAGCUCCAACAACCGGUUGGAGCCAGCUCCUGCCCCUGAGGGCCGGCCCUCCCCAUAUCCACAGGAGUGGCUCCGACGCAACACAGGGGCCCGGCUGGUCCUCCAGCAUAUGCAAGCGCUGCUGGUCAAGCGCCUCCAUCACUCCAUCCGCAGCCACAAGGACUUCCUGGCUCAGAUUAUGCUCCCAGCCACUUUUGUGUGUUUGGCUCUGACCCUUUCCAUCAUCAUCCAACCUUUUGGUGAAUAUCCUGCGCUGACCCUCCACCCCUGGAUGUAUGGGCAGCAGUAUACCUUCUUCAGCAUGGACCAGCCGGGCAGUGGGCAGCUGACAGCACUUGCAGAUGUCCUCCUCAAUAAGCCAGGCUUCGGCAACCGCUGCAUGAAGGAAGAUUGGCUUCCGGAGUACCCCUGUGGCAACUCAACCCCCUGGAAAAUACCCUCUGUGUCCCCCCACAUCACCCACCUGUUCCAGAAGCAAAAGUGGACAUCAGACAACCCAUCACCUUCCUGCUGGUGCAGCACCAGAGAGAGACUCACCAUGCUCCCCGAGUGCCCUGAGGGGGCAGGAGGACCCUCACCCCCUGAGAGAAUACAGCGCAGCACUGAAGUCCUGCAGGACCUUACCAACAGGAACAUCUCUGACUUCUUGGUGAAAACAUAUCCUGCUCUUAUAAGAUAUAGCCUAAAGAGCAAAUUCUGGGUCAAUGAACAGAGGUACGGAGGAAUUUCCAUCGGAGGAAAACUCCCAGUCAUCCCCAUCACCAGGGAAGCACUCGUUGGAUUUUUAAGCGACCUUGGCCAGCUAAUGAACGUGAGCGGGGGUCCCAUCACCAAAGAGGCCGCUAAAGAAAUGUCUGCUUUCCUGCAACAUCUAGAAACUGAAGACAACAUUAAGGUGUGGUUUAACAACAAAGGCUGGCAUGCUCUGGCCAGCUUUCUCAAUGUAGCCCACAACGCCAUCUUGCGGGCCAGCCUGCACAAGGACAGGAACCCGGAGGAGCAUGGCAUCACCGCUAUCAGCCAGCCCCUGAACCUGACCAAGGAGCAGCUCUCAGAGAUCACAGUGCUGACCACUUCAGUGGAUGCUCUGAUUGCCAUCUGCGUGGUUUUUGCCAUGUCUUUCAUCCCAGCCAGCUUUGUCCUUUAUCUGAUCCAGGAGAGGGUGAACAAAGCCAAGCACCUCCAGUUUGUCAGUGGUGUCAGCCCCACUACCUACUGGCUGACCAACUUUCUCUGGGACAUCCUAAGUAUGAACUAUGCUGUGAGCGCCUCCCUGGUGGUGGGCAUCUUCAUCAGGUUUCAGAAGAAAGCCUACUCCUCUCCAGACCACCUUCCUGCCCUUGUAGCUCUGCUGAUGCUGUAUGGAUGGGCAGUCAUCCCCAUGAUGUACCUUGCAUCUUUCCUGUUUGAUGUCCCCAACACAGCCUAUGUGGCCUUGUCUUGUGCUAAUUUCUUCAUUGGCAUCAACAGCAGUGCCAUCACCUUCAUCUUGGAAUUAUUUGAGAAUGAUCAGACCCUGCUCAGAUUCAACGCUGGCCUGAGGAAGCUGCUCAUUAUCUUCCCCCACUUCUGCCUGGGCCGGGGCCUCAUUGACCUGGCACUGAGUCAGGCUGUGACAGACGUCUCUGCUCAGUUUGGUGAGGAGCGUUCUUCAAAUCCAUUCCAGUGGGACCUGAUUGGGAAGAACCUGGCAGCCAUGGCGGCAGAAGGCAUGGUGUAUUUCCUCCUCACGCUUCUCAUCCAGCGCCACCUCUUCCUCACUGGACGGAUGGCCGAGCCCACUAAAGGAUCAGUCAUAGAAGAAGAUGAUGAUGUGGCUGAAGAAAGACAAAGAAUUACUAGUGGGGGAAAUAAAACUGAUAUCUUAAGACUAAAUGAGCUGACCAAGAUUUACGCUGGAACCUCCAACCCAGCGGUGGACCAGCUUUGUGUGGGGGUCCGCCCUGGAGAGUGCUUCGGCCUCCUGGGAGUGAAUGGAGCUGGCAAAACAACCAUAUUCAAGAUGCUUACUGGAGACACCGCAGUGACCUCAGGUGAUGCUACUGUAGCAGGCAAGAGCAUUUUAACCAACAUCUCUGAGGUUCAUCAAAGUAUGGGCUACUGUCCUCAGUUUGAUGCAAUUGAUGACCUGCUCACAGGGCGUGAACACCUCUACCUCUAUGCCCGUCUUCGAGGUAUACCACCGGAGGAAAUUGAGAGGGUUGCAGACUGGAGUAUUAAGAGCCUGGGCCUGUCUCUCUAUGCAGACCGCCUAGCAGGCACCUAUAGUGGGGGCAACAAGCGGAAACUCUCCACGGCCAUGGCCCUGAUAGGCUCCCCAACUCUGGUGCUGCUGGAUGAGCCCACCUCAGGCAUGGACCCCCAGGCACACUGCAUGCUGUGGAGCACCAUUGUGAGCAUCAUCAGAGAAGGGAGGGCCGUGGUCCUCACAUCCCACAGCAUGGAAGAAUGUGAGGCCCUGUGUACCCGGCUGGCCAUCAUGGUUAAGGGUGCCUUUCAGUGUCUGGGCACCAGCCAGCACCUCAAGUCACGGUUUGGAGAUGGCUACAUCGUCACAAUGAAAAUCAAAUCCCUGAAGGAUGACCUGCUUCCUGACCUGAACCCCGUGGAGCAGUUCUUCCAGGGUAACUUCCCGGGCAGCGUGCAGAGGGAGAGGCGCCACAAUGUGCUGCAGUUCCAGGUCUCUGCCUCCUCCCUGGCCAGGAUCUUCCAGCUGCUCGUCUCCCACCAGGACAGCCUGCUUAUGGAGGAAUACUCGGUCACACAGACCACUCUGGACCAGGUGUUUGUGAACUUUGCUAAACAGAAGACUGAGAUUCAUGACCUCCCUUUGCACCCCCAAGCUGCUGGCGCCUGUUGACAAGCCAAGUUUCGGAACAUCUUUGUGAAGGUGUGGGCUCCUGUCCCGUGUGAGCUGCUGUAA